UUGAGACUAACACAGUAAUAUUUUAUGCUGUCACAUAUGCAUUAUUUGGAGGUGUGUGAAUUUUUGCGCCGAACAGUGGUGCUUCCGUCUUCUCUUCACCGAUUUCAAAACUUUCAGAGGUUCUUUUACGUGUACAUCGGGGGAACUCAGUGUAGGAAUUAAUAUCCAGCCUUAUAUUAUAUCAUCUUCAAUAGAAGGCUUGAUCUUACUUUAACACCGUGCACCUUAUCAAGCCCUUCACACUAUAUCCCGCAUAUUUCGGCACUAAAUUCGAUUGGGUGUUCACCCAGCUUGAGAUCCUAUCAGAUUCCUCGAUCAUCGCGAAUAACAGUUCUCGCGUUUUCCAGCUAAAAUGUCUACCUGUGAUAAGGUUCAUUCAAUGUCAAAGUUUCUGUGGAGUUCGCUAUGUCACAACCUCUGAUUGGACGCAGAUAGCGUAGCUAUAAGUUCGUGAAUUGUAAAGUAAUCUAGCAACUUCCAGAUGUUGUAAAACUUGCAGUCGUUGCUUCAGGAACAUGAUAUUAUAUGGGCUAUUACACCCAGUACAUCAACAUGUGAUUGGGUCAAUAGUUUGGAUGUUAAUUAUAGUUCACAAGAGAUAAUAGACUCCUGUACAAUGAAGAAAUCAAGAUUGAAUAAAUUUCUGUUUGUUUAUUUUGUUGUUGACAGUGGAAAUGUGUUAGCAGUUGCAACGCCAUUGAGUUACCUCCCCUUGUCUGUGGAGUAACGAACUUGUGUGAUUUUUAAAAUGUUUGUGACAAAAUAUUCCAGAAAUAGACAGGUGGUUGUAAAGCCGCUGAUGUUAAAAGGUUCAGUUGGAGAUGAUCUGGAACAUUUAGAGAAAGAUCGGGCAAUACGAACUGAUCCAGACGAUACAAGGAAGAGACGGACAAUAAAAUUAAUUAAAAGAAAUGAAUCGUGGGGCUUCGCUUUACAGACGUAUGGGGUGCGUAAUAAACGUAGUAAUGAGAUUGAGGUCAUGACCUAUGUUGAUUAUGUGGAAUAUAACGGACCAGCCUGGUUAGCUGGACUACAAAGAGGUGAUAUAUUUCUAUCUAUAAAUGGUGAACCAGUAGAGGGAGCCACACAUCAGCAACUCGUGGAUAAAAUACGCAAAGUUGGGGAUUCUAUGAGAUUGGUGGUACUAUUUGAAGAUUGUUGUCGGAAAGUUGAACUCUAUGAAAAAUUCAUCAAAUUAAAGCAAGUAUUAUCAGCGAAACUGACCCAACUACAAGAAUUGAAAAUAAAAGAAAAUGCUGUGUUAAAAAGAUGUGGUUUAACUCGAGUGGAAGAAUUAAGAAACAGUGUUCGUAGCACCAGGAGUAUCAGAUCAACCAUUUCCAGUGACUGGGAUCGAUUCAGUGUUCUCGGAAAUUCUAUGUCCCUACGCAACAUACCAAACCAUGUCCGUGAUCGGAGAAAAUAUGCAGGAAAUUACGAUUCGUCAAGUGAUUUAUCUGUAAAUAACAGUUUUAAUGAUAGUUUGUCCGACAGCGAAAGUGGUGCAUUUUUAACUUCGAGUUCCGUCGAUUUGACCCUAAACACUUCUUCUAGAACGAUUGAUAAUGUGGACAGUGCCUCUGAAUACAGUCUGCCUCUACAUUCCAAUUUCCAACUCGGCGGAAAAUUACUGACUUUUUCUGAAGAUGAUUCUGUUAGUAACAGUUCUUUUGAACAGAUCGAAUCAUGUGACACGAUUGUUGACCAAUCAGAUAUAGCGUUAGAAAUCAAGGCAGAUACAUCAGACAUCGAAACUGUUGAUGAAUCGCAAAAUAUGAAAAAAAUAUCACAUGAUCAAGAAAUUGACCAAGCAAAUGUGUCGGUACAGACUGAAGAUGAUGAGUCAUGUGAUCUGAUUGUUGACCAAUCAAAUGUAAUCACACCAAUUGAGGAAGAAGAGUCAGAUGAUGAAGUUAGCCAAUCAAUGGAUUGUUUAGUGGAAGAUGACGAAAAUGGGUCACAUGACCUGUCCUCAGGACAAUUGAGUGUUGAGUCAUGCUAUUCGUCACUCGAAGGAUCACAUGAUCAGUCAUGUGACGAACCAUGUGAUGACGUUAUACCAAAAACUGUCAAAGAAACCAAACGUUUUAAAGAUGGAAUCCUAAUCAACGAAGAUGAAGAACUUACUAAACUGUGAUAACGCUCUACAUAUCCAACUUUUAUUAAUUGUUUUUAAUUAAUUUGAUUACAAGCAUUUUAUACAUUUCUGCCUUUAUCUUAACCUGUUUUUAUAUGAUUUUACAAAGUCUGUCAUUGAGUCGACUGGUGUGGUUUCGAAUCCCCAGUUGUACGUGACAAGGAGUAGGGUCGCCUGUCCAACCUCGUGGGUUUUCUCCGGGUCCUCCGGUUUCCUCCCACUGCUAAAAACCCCUACGCGCAAGUGAAUUAUUGAAAUAAAAUUGAACCAUGUGUUAGUCCCGAAAUGAUCUAGUUUGUGUCGAGUGGACGUUAAACCCCAUUUCUCUCUCUCUUUCUCUAUAUGAUUUUACUUAAGCGUGCUCUUAUCAGGUUGGUUUGUAGUUAGUUGGGGCGGUGUUCACAGUAUUAUGACCUCUAUUCCAAGUCGUACUGUCACAGGUGUGGAAAUAACGAUUUUACAUAUAUAUACCUGACAAAAUGUCAGGCACUAAUGAAAUACUACCUGACAUUUUCAACUUAGUGCCAGACAUGUAUUAAUAAUAUCAACAAAAAACACAAAUCAGUGCUGGACAAAAUGACAGGCACCAGAGGUUUUGUGCCUGACAAAGCCUGAAUCUGUGCUUGACAUUGUCUGUGACAGGUGCCUUAUUUCCAGGCUUGCAUAGGCUUACUGAUGUAGCGAAAAAAUGUUUUUUUUAAAGGAGUGAAUUGUUAAGUGGUUUGUUCAAUUUAAAUUGAAUGUAAAAUAUGAGACAAAUCUGUCUAGCCAUUGUUGAGAUACAAACAUUUUAACAACUUGCAAUUUAUUAAAUGUGCAAUUGUUUUUUUGGGGGCGAUCCUUCUGGAUCUUAACGCUUGUGCGGACAUGUCGCACGAAAAACAUUGUCGGCAACAAGGGGUAUUCUGCGACCCUAGACAUAAAUUGAUUUUUGGAUGCAUAAUUUUAUUCAAAUACAAUCAAACUACAGCUUCAUAUAAAGACUGAAUAAUAAUCAAUAAAAGUAAAAAAAAAUAUUUGAGGUAUUAACAGUGAAGAUAUGAAUUAUCAGGUAUUUUUUGAAACCAUAAAAAUCUGCAAAUAACUUAAUUGUCAUUUCGAUGUAGAAUCAUCUUUUGACGGGGUCGGUAGUGUACCUAGAUUUGUUGUCAGUAGCUGACAAUGUAUAAAAACUCGCAAGACAAUUACAUGUAUGAACCAGUUCCUCACAAAUGUUAAGGAUAUGGUCAUGGGGUCCCAAAAUACCCCUUGUAUACACACACAAGGGUUAACAGAUGCUAAUGAGAAUAGUCAUACUUUAUAUAUAAAUCGGUUCUUUGAAUUCUGACAAAAAUCUGAACAUAAAGGUUAAUUUGAGUAUUGUUAAAAUCUAAUUCCCUUUUUUUAUUCCUUGAUAAGAGUGCUAUAGUCUUGUUAAGAUCAACCCAGGUGCCCAGAUCCAUUGAAAAUUAACAGGUGCUUUGAUUGGUGCUAUAAGUGAGAAUUAUGUGGUGUUAAUUAAACUGUUUCAGAUGUAUUUUAGUAGAUAAAACUGGUUAAUUCUGUCACUCCCAAAAUACUAUGACCUGUAUGAUCUACAUGUUUAUACAUGCCUAUAGUUAUAUGUAAUGGCAAUUAUCAAUUCACUCAUACAAUUUACUAAUGAAAUUUCUUAAAGAUAUUUAAUGUAAGCUUUAGAUAAAGAGCUGGUCGUUCUUACUAUAACAGUUCAAAAAUAGAUGAUGAAAAAUGAAUAUAUUAAAAAUUUCAGUCAAGUUACUGGUUUCUAAGCAAAGUUAUCAACAUUAUUCCACACUAUGGUGUAUGGUGCUUGAUUUGUUAACUUAAAUCCACUUUUAUCAACAGACAUCUUGGAAAUGAACCUUUCCUAUGAGUAAAGAUAAUCACGCCCCCUUGACAGCUUGUUUACCAAAUUUGUGAAAACUCCUCACAGGUCAUUGAAAAACUGAAAUGUUUACACAAAGUUUUCAUAUUCUCAUCUGGUGGAGUGUUGUAACAUUACUGCCAUCAUUUUCAUUCUGAAGAAAAGUUACGCUUUGGUUAGAAUACAGGAGUUUCAAACUUGACAAUUUAUUGAAUUUUAAGAUUGUCCGCGAGAUGACAAAUAGACUGUGAGCAGUGCCGUAUUUAAAAUACAAGUGAGAUAUUUUAACCUGGAACUGGUUCCAUAAACAUGGUUGUCUUGUUCUUGUUGGUCUUGAUGUGACAACUCGGCAAACCUCAGCAGAUUCCAAUACCCUACAUCUAGCCUCGGCUGUAUGACGAAGUCCGCCAUUGAAACUACUUUCAAGUUCCUGGAUUACUAACGGCGUUGCCCAUGACAAAACCUUUGAUGAAUGUUUUAUCAUACAAAUAUUUCAAAGUCUGAAGCUGUUUUUCUUUCAAGGUUAUCGGAUUUUCUUCAAACAAGGACAACUUGCACUGAAAAUUCUAAACACGCUUCCAAUGACGCAAUUUUGAUAACUUCUUUGUAAAAGGGCAAGUUUUCCUAAUAAGUAAACCUGUGCCGGAUCGCAAUUGUAUUUGCUUAGGUACAUAUCACUUACCGUCAUGCAGCCGAGGCUAAAUGUAGAGUAACGGAAUCUGCAGAGAUUUGCUAAGUAUUGGUUUAAACAAUAUUUUGUUGAUGUUAACAUCACCAUUCCAAGAUGGCUGCCAUGAUGUCAUGGUGGGAUCCUGGUUCGCACUCGUAUUCUUCCUUUUUUUUGUAAUUUACACACACAUGCAGAUACCUUGAUUCAUUAGUUUUAUUUUUAUCUGAAAAUUGCAAUUGAAAGAAGUCAUAUGAGUUGUUUCUUCGAUUUUUGUCUCCCAGAUACGCACAUGUUCAUACAGUUGUUACCACAUGAACCAAUUAAGUAUUACUUUAUAUAUAUGCAUUUGCCAAAUUUGACAUGCAUUAAACAUCAUGCAAGGUUUUAAAUUCUUACAUUUGUACCGGCAAUAUAAUUAAUACUGUAUUUGUCAAUGUAUCUUUCAAUUUCAAUAGAUUACAGUAAUUGAAUAUUAAACUGAUUUUGCAAUCUCAUCAAUAAAAUAAUUAAAAUUCUCAUGAAACUAUAAGAAUGCUUUGUAUACAUGUAACUUACAUCAAUUCCCAAUAAAUUUUUUAUUGCAAACGGAGCCAAUCAUUCCUGAUACUUAAUCUGUUAUCAAUUAGGUGGGGUGAGGGAAAGUUAAUCUUGAAUGUGGGAGUAUAAUAAAAAAAAAAGUAACAGGGUUAUCUCCCCUUUGUCAUGACAUUCAUUGUUCCCUCUGAAAUGAAAUUAAAGACAUUCUACUAUUCAUGAUUCAAUCUUGUGAAGUAUAUACCUACACAAACAAGUAACAAUUAACCAUUUCACUUACCUGGUGAUGAUACACACAUAGACCUAUUAAAAGAUAAUUAUAUUGGAAUGUUAAGAUGAAAAGAUAAUUAUAUUGGAAUGUUAAGAUGAAAUGGCUGUGAUGUUCGUGACAAAAGAAUUUAGUCAAUAGAAAAUGGUACAUGUAUAAUCAUACCAUGUUAAUGAUACAUGUACAUUCGUUUCAAAGUUGAUAUAAUAUUAUAUAAUCAUAUCAAAUGUGAAAUUUAGAAAAGAUGAUAUAAUUGUAUUAAAUUUGUAGUUUAGAGAAGUUGGUACAAUUGUAUCAAACAUGAACUAAGUUUAUAGAAGUUGGUAUAAUUGUAUCAAACAUGAACUAAGUUGAUAGAAGUUGGUAUAAUUGUAUCAAUUUGAUCCAAUUUUAUAGAAGUUGAUAUAAUUGUAUUAAAUUUGCAGUUUAUUAAAGUUGGUAUAAUUGUAUCAAACAUAAACUAAGUUUAUAGUAUUAAAUAUGAACUAACUUUAUAGAAAUUGGUAUAAUUGUAUCAAAUGAACUAAGUUUGUGGAAGUUGGUAUAAUUGUAUCAAAUAUGAACUACGUUUAUUAAAGAUGAUAUAAUUGUAUUAAAUUUGUAAUUCAGAGAAGUUGGUACAAUUGUAUGAAACAUGAACUAAGUUUAUAGAAGUUGGUAUAAUUGUAUGAAACAUGAACUAAGUUUAUAGAAGUUGGUAUAAUUGUAUCAAAUAUGAACUAAGUUUAUUAAAGAUGGUAUAAUUGUAUCAAAUAUGAACUAAGUUUAUAUAAUUGUAUCAAAUAUGAACUAAGUUUAUAUAAUUGUAUCAAAUAUGAACUAAGUUUAUAUAAUUGUAUCAAUAUAUAUAUGAACUAAGUUUAUUAAGGAUGGUAUAUGCAAUGUUUUUGUCACAGUAUAAAGUUGUUACAAAUGUAUUAAAUGUGUUAUUAAUUAAUACUCACAGCAUAUAAUUGUGAUAGUUAUUUAUGUAACUCUUAAUACAACCUAUUAUUAAUAAUUAUUAUAAUAAAUAAAUCGCAUAAUUGUGUCAUUAUUUAUAUCUUAAAGAUGUGUUCGUGAAAACGAUCUGUGUUGAAAGAAGGUUGGUCGUUUCGAUCAUGAAAUGAAACAGGUGUUUAACGUCCUACUGUUCUGCUCCAACUGUGCUAAUGGGGACGGGCAUAUGCCAUACAGUGCGCAUAUGCCAUACAGUGCGCUGUGAGGGACACCACAGGGGAAAAUCCUGAUGAACUUUCUCGGCCAACGAAUGAAUAGAACACAGGACCUACAAGUUAGCUAGCUAACAUCUUAUGGUUACCACGUGCGCUCUGUAUCAUAAGGCCUGUUAUUGAGUCAGCUGGCGUGGUUUCGAAUCCCCAUUUGUACGUGACAAGGAAUAGGGUCACCUGUCCAACCUCGUGGGUUUUCUCCGGGUCCUCCCACUGCUAAAGACUCCCUAUGCGCAAGCAAACUAUUGAAAUAAAAUUAAACCAUACCUAGUUUGCGUUGAGUGGACGUUAAACCCCAUUUCUCUCUCUCUCUUAUUCACUGUGCCAUUGUGGCUUUCAGUUAUGGAAAGUUAAUAAAAAAGUGAUAUGUUUUAGGGAACUUUAAACUGUAUAUCUAUGUUUUCUGUGGACUAAAACUUCACUUUAUUGCCAAGUAAUUUUUAUAUGCCCAAAUGGAAAUUUGGUCAUAUAUUGUUGUCUAACGUCCACAAUUUCUUGUGAACACUCUACAGAUUACAUUCAUCAUCAGACAUUUUUAGAAUUUAUAUAUGUUGUUUGCAUUAGUGAGACGACGAAGCAUGCAUGAUUUCAUCAAUUUUCGUUAAUAACUUCUGGAGUUAUGGUUCUUGUUUCACAACCUUUUGAAUGCUCGAGGACGCCAAUUGGAUUUCAACAAUUGCCAUUUAAAACUUCUAGAACUUUGUGAUAGCUUCAGUGACAAGACUGAUCAUCCAAUCUGUAUGAAAUUUAUCUGCAUGGUGUGAAAUAGUACAAUGAAGAAGCCUACUGAAUUUUAGCAAUUUCCAUUGAUUAUUUCUAGAGUUACGGCCCUCUUUCACUUUGUUGAACCCCUUGUGUAGUCAUCAUCCGAUCUGUAUUAAAUUUAUAUGCAUUAAUUAUAUAAGUAGAAUGAAAUAGCCUAUUGAAUUUCAGUUCUAAUACUUCCUCCUGCCCUGAUUGGUGUGCAUGAAAAUGCCUAUUGAAUUUCAGCAAUGUCUGUUUCUAUUACUUACGCCUGUCCUGGAUGGUGUGCCCAUGACAGUUGGAAGUGGAGGAAAAGCGUUGAGCUUUCCAGGCUAAAUUCUGCCACCUUGCAUUGUAACAAUAAAGAAAGAAAGAAAGAAAUGGGGUUUAACGUCCACUCGACACAAACUUGGUCAUUUUGGGACUAACAUAUGGUUUAAUUUUAUUUCAAUAAUUCGCUUGCGUGUAGGGGUCUUUAGCAGUGGGAGGAAACCAGAGGACCAUUGUAACAAUAAACUGUCUAAGAAACUAUGUACUGAUGAUUCUUCAAGUAACUGUAGUGAUUCCUUAUAAUUCUUGUAUUAAGAAUAUCCACGGUCAACAUCCUUGCUGUGUGAUUAAAAUCAAUAUAAAUUAAACAUACAUUAUUCAAGAGCUAAAUCUGUCUAUUGCAGGUCUUUCAUUUGCCCUUAUAUGUUAUCUACAUUAUUAAUUAAUCAUUUAUUAACAUGGCAAAACCAGAUGGCUCUGAUUUUAAGUAGAUUAGUAGGGUUCGGCCAUUUAAUGAUUUAAUUUUGAAAAUGGAGAAGUGUGUCUAGGCCUCAAAUAAGCAGCACCGUGCCUACAAAAAUAAACAAUCAAUGCACAAAUCUUAUCAAAACUACAAACAUUGAUAACUUUGCUUAGAAUAAAGUAAUUUGAAUGAAA